GAAUGAAGACCCAUUGCAGUUCGGAAAGCGCAAAGAAACAAGUCAGGUGACAAAACAUCCAGGAAGUGCCGAAGCACGGAGCUUCGAGAUGUAAACCUUUCUGGAUUUUCUGUCCCUUCGAACUACUACGAUCACGUGAACUUCCUGACGACAAACUACGGAUGUUGAUGUGGAAACAAACAUACUGCAGAGAGAACAUAUUUCAGGAGAAAGACUCUUCUAACUAUCCUCUGUACAUCCGGAGUGUGCCAACGGAGAAUGAGUUGAAGUUCCAUUACACGGUGCAUACAUCGCUAGAUGUGGUGGAGGAGAAGAUAUCUGCAGUGGGAAAAGCCCUGGUUGAUCAAAGAGAAUUGUACCUUGGUCUGCUGUACCCGACUGAAGAUUACAAAGUAUAUGGCUAUGUCACAAACUCCAAGGUGAAAUUCGUCAUUGUCGUCGAUUCGUCGAACACAUCUCUAAGAGACAAUGAAAUCCGCAGUAUGUUCCGGAAGCUGCAUAACUCCUUCACUGACGUGAUGUGCAAUCCUUUCUACAACCCCGGUGACACUAUUCAAUCAAAGGCCUUCGAUACCAUGGUAUCAGCGAUGAUGGUGCAAACUUGAUGACGUUGUCGUCAGAUUAUAUACGUUGCUUUGUACAUAACCCCUCCCCAUCAUUCUUCAUUUUAUAUUUAUGACAUUUCCCUGCAUUCUUCGUAAUAAAAUAAAGCAUGAACUCUU